CAAAAGCUCCGGCGGAGUCUGGCGGAGGCACUAAGGGAGCAUGGGGUGUUUUGAAUAAUUAUUAAAAUUAGCAUGUGUCUGCGCCAUCCUGUGGGUGUGGCGCAGAGCGGAGUGUAAACUCUAGCGGGGCUGGAGCAAACAUUGGAUUAGCGGCAGCAACCUGCCAGCCUGCCCAAGGAGUGCGGGGACCUGCGCGCGGCACGCCGACCGGCACCAUGGCCUCGUCUCAGGGGAAGAAUGAGCUGAAAUUCGCCGACUGGAUGGCAACUCUGCCGGAGAGCAUCCACAGCAUCCCCCUCACCAAUUUAGCCAUCCCAGGAUCUCAUGAUUCCUUCAGCUUCUACAUUGACGAAGCCUCACCAGUAGGGCCUGAGCAGCCAGAGACGGUCCAGAAUUUUGUCUCUGUGUUUGGAACUGUGGCCAAAAAGCUGAUGCGGAAAUGGCUAGCCACUCAAACGAUGAACUUUACUGGUCAGCUAGGAGCUGGGAUCCGUUAUUUUGAUCUUCGAAUUUCCACCAAGCCCAGAGACCCCGACAAUGAACUCUACUUUGCUCAUGGUUUGUUCAGUGCCAAAGUCAGUGAAGGCCUUGAGGAGAUCAAUGCUUUCCUCACAGAUCACCAUAAGGAGGUAGUACUCUUGGACUUCAACCAUUUUUAUGGGAUGCAGAAAUAUCACCAUGAAAAACUCGUCCAAAUGCUGAAAGACAUCUAUGGAAAUAAAAUGUGCCCAGCAAUUUUUGCCCAGGAAGUUAGUCUCAAGUACCUGUGGGAGAAGGACUAUCAAGUGCUGGUUUUCUACCACAGUCCAGUGGCUCUGGAGGUGCCCUUUCUCUGGCCUGGGCAGAUGAUGCCGGCACCCUGGGCCAACACCACAGACCCGGAAAAACUGAUCCAGUUUCUUCAGGCAUCUAUCAUUGAGAGAAGAAAGAAGGGCUCGUUUUUUAUAUCUCAGGUGGUGCUGACCCCCAAAGCUAGCACUGUGGUCAAAGGGGUGGCCAGUGGCCUCAGAGAAACCAUCACAGAAAGAGCUCUUCCUGCCAUGAUGCAGUGGGUCCGCACACAGAAGCCAGGAGAGAGUGGCAUCAAUAUUGUCACUGCUGAUUUUGUAGAACUUGGUGAUUUCAUCAGCACCGUCAUAAAGCUCAACUAUGUCUUUGAUGAAGGAGAAGCCAACACUUGAUAGUACCAUUUGGAGUAUUCAUGAAUAAGAUAGAGAAGAUUCAUUGUAUUAGGCAUAUUAUCUACAAACACUCUGAUUUUCCUAUUCCACUGAGUCUCUGAGGGUAUUAGGGCUGGUAGUGGGUGGGAAAAGGGGGAAACCAUUUCUUCAGUGAUUGUUAUCAUAGUCUGCAUUAGUAUAAAUAUUUCAUUUCCCAUUUGAUGAGUAAAAUAUACUUCUAGUGUUAGGGAUAAAAAAAGACCCGUGAAUUUUGUUUUUCAAAAUUAGUCUUUGUAACUUGUAACUGAUGAGUGUUUACUUGAUUGCAUUUCUGAUUUCAACGUAGGACUCCUACACUGUCUAUAUCCUCUAACCUAACCUUUCCACUCCCUCUCUAGCUCGCUUUUUUUAAUCAGAUGCUGUAUGGGUCUCAAAACAAUUGAAUGCCCAACAUAACGUGUAUUACAUUGUUGUACUGAAGUUUAUUUGUUUUGUGGGGCUUGGUAUAAUAGUCUGUAGUCAUCUGAAUUGGGCAAUCACUGCUAACUUUUGGUCGUAGAAAAUAUGCAUCACAUCGGUUUCCCUGUAUCACUAAUAUUGGAGGCUAUAAUCAGUGAUUUUUGUGUUAUAUGAAAAUAAUAGUGUUUCACAGUAUUUCUAUUUAAGGCAGCUAUAAAUAUAGAGUAAAAAUUUUUUUGGAAGAACUAUUAGUGCCAAUUCCAUAGUGAAAAAAGGAGGGGGAGGGUGGGGGAAUAGAUGCCAUUUUAAUUCAGGAAUCUCUUAAAUAAUAUUGCCUGGGAAAUGCUCAGUAAAUGAAAAAUUAUGACGUGUGUAAAAAUCAGAAAACUCUGCAAAGAACUCUUACAAAAGCUCUCCUAACAAUUCUCUUGAUCGAAAGAAGAAAAGAAAGAAGAAAGAAAGAAAUGAAAGAUUGUGCAAGCUUUCCUACCAAAGUGGAAUUUCCAAAUCUGUAAUUCUAAAUCCCAGAUUUUGAGGAAUGUAUUUCAAGAAGCUUUGAUUCUAGUUUUUUGCUUAAAGUUGAGGAAGGAGGAAAGGCAGCAGAAAGAGUUAGAGCGAUGUUAUUCAAACUAUGUCCAUAAAAUCUCAAGGAUCCAUGAAUCUUUAGGAGAUUCUUAAACUCAUGUGUUCUGGGCAGACUUGUUGAAAAUUGGUACUGACUCAUCACUUCUGGGUUCCAUUCUACCCUAGGGUUGAGAUUGAGGCAGGGCAAAAGUUUCACAGAAAGUUUCUGUGGCCAACAUUUCACAGUCCAGGUCUACAGAGAAGAAAAAUGAUCACACAACUUUGAGCAUUGCUUCCUCCUUGUCACCUUUGUGAUAUUAAACAACUCUGAAAUAAUCUUAAAAGAGCACAAUAACCCUUACCUAUGUGCCUCACAAGAAUAUUGUGAGGCAUUUAUAAAAAUCUACAAAAUUUGCUGAAAUUCUUACAAUUUUGAAUUAUUUUAUCUUCAUGUUUAGAAACAAUCACACCUCAGUAGUUUUCUGGGAAAAUACAGUCCAUGCAAGUAGGACCAUAGAGAAAUAAAGGCAUGCCCUCAGCUUUUAAUUACUUUAAAUGUAAGACAUGUGGUUUGAUCUCUUAGACCUAGGUAAAGGAGUUGAUUCCAAGAUUAUGUAUAGCCAGAUUAUAAAUAAUCAGAGUUGAUGACAAGAUUAUAAAUAUUCAUUAUCAGAAAAUAGUAUUUAUUAGCCACCAGAGGGAGAUUAUAGAAAUUGUUUGUACUGAAGAGGAUGUUUAUGAAAAGUGUAUAGGUUUGCUUGGUAGACCAAGUAGCAUACAUACACACGCAACAGAUAUAUUCUUCAUUCCAGUUGUGUGUACACGUCUUGGCAUACACAAUAUACCAAUAUAUACCCACUCCUGCAGACAGACAGGUACAAAUACACACAACCACACACAGAUACGGACAGACACAGUCACAAUUCUUCUUUUCAAGUGAAGACAUUGAUAAUAUUAAACAAUUUCAGACUGAAACCCUUAACAACGUAUGAAAAAGAGUUAUAAGACCUUGAAAAUAGAGUAGCUGAUCAACACAUUUUUGU